UGAUCCCUUUUGGGAAAUUCUCAAAGGUUAAUUCAGUCAGCAUGACGUCUUCAAUAAUGGAUGGACUAGGUAAAGCUGUGGUGGGAGUGUGGCGGGCACAUACAGUCCUGGAUGAGUCCGAUGGCGCAGAGAGUUCCCCAGAAGCCCCCGACCGUUUCCGCAAGCUUCGCUCUUCUUCGUCACUUAACUCUUUGCGAAUGUCCUUGCGUAAACGUCUCCCACUACGUUCUGUCCAGACCACCUCUCUCCCAGAGAAUCCAACUUGGGAGACCCAGAAGGAGCAGCCAAAGCCCAACACAGUCCGCAAAAUGACUCGCAGUGCUCAGAACUCCAUCACUGGAGUAUAUCAGAGGUUGCAGAGAACCAGAGACUUUGCACGUGAGGAGUGUUUGGUAGCAACCCCGGGUCAGACAUGUGAUGAGGAAGAAGCUGGUGCAUCAACUUCUCGCACCCCAAGGCGUACACCUGUCCGAGCUGCAACACCCAGACGCACCCCCAGAUCAUCAGCCACACCCAGUCGUACCCCAGGCUCUAGAGGAAAAAGGACCCCUGAGGCUGGUGUACGAGGGGUGAAAACAGGUGGAGGCAGGAGGCAGCUGGUCCGCAUGGCUGCAUUACGAAGUCCCUUUGCCUCCCCCAACACAGAGAACCAGAGGCUAAAGUUUGACCGAGAUUUGGAUUCAGUGUCCAGUGGGAUCAGGAGGCUCAAACAUCUGUCGAAGGCCUUUGACAACAUCAUUGGCAGAGACAACGGGAACAGUACAAGGGCAUGUUCUGGAGGAGCAGUGAUGAGAAAGUUGGACCCCAGUGGUAAACUUAGUCGCUCGAACCUCACACGUCGAGCCACGAACCUCUCAACCGCACUGGGAGGUUGGACCCACACAGCUGUGAACACUAUUCGCAAACCCAACUGAACUACAUGCAUGUCUGUAUGUAAAACACAGGACCUUUUUGUAGGCAUUUAUUAUUACUAAGGUAUCACUGUUACAGGGCAGCUUGUCUUAUUUUUUUUAAAAUCUAUAUCAUGUGUAGUUUGCAAUAUUCAAAUAAUUAUUGUGUGUUUACAUGUCUCAGGUUAGCUGGUUGAGGUUAAAAACAUUCUCAAUGUAGCUACCAAAGGGAUUUCUGUAUUGUGGUGUAUGUACCUGUCAUAGCUGCUACAGCCAAAUCUUUGUCUUUGUUACAUUUUCAAAAUACUAAUAUUGUAGUUUGUAUUCUCACUCUCUGCAUAUAAACCUUUUACUAGUUUCUAAAAUGUACUGAAAUGCUGCACAAGACUAAAAUUGUAUUUGCAGAACUAACACUAAAUUUACUGACAAAGGGA